GAUUUGUACCUGCGAUGCACUCCUCCUCUCCUUUUUCUGAAGAGGGCAGCGGAGUAGGAGGUCUCUUCGACAGCUGUUCGAAUUUGGAUGAAGAAGAGAUGCUUGGCUCAGGAUGUGCACGUCUUUUGCAUGAGUAAGGGACUGCUGCUUGAAGACGAAACAGAAAAGCAUCAACAUUGUACUGUGGAUGAAUGUUGGCAGAUUAAGACUAUAAGACAGGAGAUCGACUCACGCACCUGAGAUGCAGAUCCGUGUGGUCCAGAUCUGGGGUUUCCUGAUGACAGUUUUGGGCUGGAUCUUUGUGGCCUGCACCAUGGCCAUGGAGGGCUGGAAGAUCACAGCAAUCGGGGGCAUGGGGGGCUCCUCCAUCAUCAAGGUGGCCUGGUACUGGUCCAGCCUGUGGAGAUCCUGUUUUACAGACUCAACUGCUGUCACCAACUGCUAUGACUACCCUGUGCUCUGGUCUGUGGAGGGCUCCAUCCAGAUCGUGCGAGGCCUGCUGAUGGCAGCUCUUUCCCUGGGCAUGCUGGGGUUUGUGCUCAGUCUGAUGGGUAUGGAGUGCACCUUCAUUGGGGGAAAAGAUCGGUCAAAGUACAAGAAAGUCUAUGCCGGCGGAUGGUGCCACAUAAUCAGUGGUUUGCUGUCCACAUCUGGGUACGCUGUUUAUGCACAGCAUGUCUCAGUAGAAUACUUCAAUCCUGACUUUGAUGGGCUGAAGUAUGACCUUGGCACGCCACUGUUCCUCGGCUGGGUCGGCUCAGGCUUUCACAUGACCGGUGGUUUCUUCUACCUGUGGUCGGUGUGCACGCCGCUCUGUGGAGGAGAAGUAACGGUGAUCAACAUCCAGCAACAACCAGAUCCAGAGCAAAACAAGUCCACCACAGCUCUGUCCACAGUGUCCGAGAUCACCUCCAAGACCAAAGUGUCCUCCAUUUCCGAGUUGUCCUCCAAGUCUGGGCGCUCAGACGUGUCCGGCAUUUCCUCCAGAUCAGGACGCACAGCCAAGUCAGGGCGGUCAUCAAAGACUGGGCGAACCACCAGGUCUGCGGGCUCUGCGGGAUCCAGGUCAGGAUCGGGGUCAGAGUCCGGCCUCUCGUCGGUGUCCAGCGUGUCGACCUUGUCGAGGUCCAGCGUGUCAGAGUCGAGAGGCAGCAGCCGAACGGUGUCGUCGUUGUCAGGCAGUUCGAGGAGUGAGACUACACCGUUCAUCAAAAACUCUUAUAUCUGAAUAAAUGCGAUGGACAGAUGAUCUCAUACCUUUUUAUUUAAUUAAUGAACCUGAAGGCAAAUUCAGUGAUAUGUUUUGUACAAAUAAAAUCUGUCUUUUGUUUUAAAAAUU